UCGUAAUUAAUUAUAUUUAAUAUUCACUACAUUUUGCAUAAAAAGUCCAAAACAGAAAUCAAAAAGAAGACGACGAUUAAAUUGGAUAACUAUUAUGGGCUUUAUUUGUGUUAUAUUACUAUUGCUACUAAUUGUUUGCUUAUAUUAUUUAUUUCAUCCGGAAUAUAAGUGUCGCUCUAUUGAUGAGAAUAAGUGUUAUAAUAAAGAGUGUAUUUCAUCAGCCGCUUCAAUAUUAAAUACAUUGAACACAAAUAUCAAUCCUUGUGAUGAUUUUUAUGAGUAUUCUUGUGGUAAUUCUAUUGAUCAUCGGAGACCUAUUAAUCUCAUGAAUCAAAGUCACUAUAAUUCUGGACUUCAAUUAAAGAAUCUCAUUGAAUCUCUAAUCGAUGAUAAACAACCAAGGUAUAUCCAGAACCUUGUUAAAUAUUAUCGCAGUUGUUUAGAUGAAGAUUUAAUUGGGAAGCUGGAUGUCAAGCCAUUGACUGACAUAAUAGGCCGGUUAAGGGGUUGGCCGGUAUUGAAUAGCACUCAAUGGUUUUCAAAUGCCAAUCAUUAUCAUUGGCUCAACACUUACAUAAUGAUGAGAGAAAUAGGAAUCACCGCUAAUUCACUCAUUGAUCUUAAGGUGGAAAAAGACGUCCGAAAUAGUUCCCGGUUUAUAGCACACAUCGAUCAGCCCGUGUUUAAUAUAAAUAUUACUGAUAACAAUCAAUUGGAUCAAUAUACUAAACUAAUGGUGACCAUUGCAACUAUGAUGGGAGUCUAUGAAACAGAUGCUAGAAAUGAAUGGUUAUCUGUGUUGGAGUUUGAGAUGAAACUCAUUAAAUUUUCCCUCUCAUCCAAAGAUCAUCAAAACAAUACUUAUCAUAGUAAUAGUUAUAUGAAAGUCAGCCAGCUCAAAAGCUUAGCUCCCAAUAUCAAUUGGAUUCAAUUCUUUACGGAAUUUGUUAGACAACCAAUUGAAAACCAUGUUAAUAUUAGUGAUUUGGAAGUUAUAGUACUGGCUCCAAAUUAUAUCAAGGAACUUAAUCAAAUACUUGUUAAAACUGAUAAAAAGGUUUUGGCUAAUUAUCUCAUUUGGAAAGUUAUCUAUCAAUACAUACCACUAUUAGGCCGAAGAUGGAGGGAACCAUUAGAAACAUAUUUACUGAAUACUGAUCCCAAUUAUACGAAAGAAAAUCGAUGGCAAACCUGUUUGAAACAAUUGCAGACUUAUAUGCCGUUAGCGUUGGGAAACAUUUAUCUGAAACACAAUACAAAUAGAAAAAGUGAAAUUGAGGUUAUUUCAAUGAUUAAUGACAUUAAGGAAUCAUUCAUUGAAAUCGUUGACAAAUAUAAAUGGAUGAGCGAUGGAGUGAAGUCCAAAGCAAAUGAAAAAAUAAAAUUAAUGAAAUUGGGAAUAGGAUUUCCACAGGAUGUGCGGGAUGACAACCAAAUGGACAAUUGGCUCACUCAUAUUUUAUACCACUUGAAUCUAGAAAGAGGUGUAAAUCCCGCUGACAUUAUCAUCAAAUACAGAGGCGAAGACAACACUUUAUUAAUAUCUAAUCUCAUAAUCGACGGCUUAUACAGAGAAGAUGUGCCGAUGUCACUGAAUUUUGGAUCGUUUGGUGUAUUAAUAAGUGAACAGAUGCUCAAUAUAUUGAGUGAAGUCGGGCGUCUAUACGAUGAAAAUGGUGUGUAUGGGAAGUGGUGGGACACCGUAUCAGACAAUGGUUUUGAUACAAGAAUAAAGUGUUUCCAUAAGAAAAUCAAACAUUUUGAUGACAUGACAACUGGAAUGCAUUUAUCAGAUCGUUAUAAAUUGAUUGAGAAGUACAUCACAGAUAUGACACUUCUUAAGCAAACACUGAUGGCAUACAGGGCUCACACCAAACAAAUGGGCCCACAAUUAGGUUUAAUUGGACUCAACCACACUUCGGAGCAAUUAUUCUGGAUCUCUGCAGUCAAUACUUAUUAUAACGAUCGCCUUGAUUACCAAGAUAAUAAUUCAUAUGAUAUGAUGAAAUAUAGGUAA